CGCACUUCGCUCUGGGAAUAUUUUUGGCUCCCAGCGGCCUCCAUCGCUCGGCACUGCUGACCCCCGAAGGAAACAAGAGGUGGUCGAGCAGAUAGUCCGCACUUGACCUCUGACCCAUUUCCGCCAUUACCUGACCUAUGACCCGGUACAGUCGGGCACAGGACAUAGCAUGAAGCUGAAGGAGCUUGAGAGGCCUGCUGUCCAGGUGUGGAGUCCAGCCAGCCAGCACCCCAUCUAUCUGGCAACAGGAACAUCUGCUCAGCAGCUAGAUGCAUCCUUCAGCACAAGUGCUACCUUGGAAAUCUUUGAGGUUGACUUCGGGGACCCUUCCCUAGACCUGAAGCACAAAGGAGUCCUUUCUGCUUCCAGCAGGUUUCACAAGCUUAUCUGGGGCAGCUUUAGCAGUGGAUCUCCUGAAAGCCCAGGGGUCAUUGCAGGUGGUGGGGACAAUGGCGUGCUCACUCUGUACAGUGUCUCCCAAAUCCUGACUUCUGGGAAGGAACCUCUCAUUGCUCAGAAGGAGAAGCACACAGGCUCUGUCAGAGCCCUUGACUUCAAUCCUUUCCAGAGCAACCUCCUGGCCUCGGGAGCAAAUGAUUCCGAAAUCUACAUUUGGGAUUUGAAUAAUUUCAGUGUGCCAAUGACUCCUGGAUCCAAAUCCCAGUAUCGUGAGCAGCCUCCAGAGGAUGUCAGUGUACUGGCCUGGAAUCGGCAAGUCCAGCACAUUCUGUCUUCUGCUCACCCCAGUGGCAAGGCUGUGGUGUGGGACCUCAGGAAGAAUGAGCCCAUUAUCAAGGUCAGCGACCACAGCAACAGGAUGCACUGCUCAGGCCUGGCUUGGCAUCCAGAAGUGGCUACCCAGCUGGUGCUGUGCUCUGAGGAUGAUCGCCUCCCAGUGAUCCAAAUGUGGGACCUACGGUUUGCUUCAUCCCCCCUCAAAGUGCUGGACAACCACAGCAGGGGAGUGCUGUCAGUGUCUUGGAGCCAGGCUGACCCAGAGCUGCUGCUCAGUAGUGCCAAAGACAACCAGAUCCUGUGCUGGAACCUGGGGAGUGGAGAGGUGGUGUAUAAGUUGCCCACACACAACCGAUGGUGCUUUGACGUCCAGUGGUGUCCCCGGAAUCCCCCAGUAUUCUCAGCCGCCUCCUUCAAUGGCCGAAUCAGUUUGUACUCAGUGAUGGGGGGGAAUUGGGAAGCCCAGCAGAAGACCCAGGCUGACAAGAUCUCAUCUUCUUUCAGUAGCCUUGAUCCAUUUGGCACUGGCCAUCCUCUUCCUCCACUGGAGGUACCAGAGCAGGUAGCCCACGUCAACUUAAUCCCACCACUAAAGAAGCCCCCGAAAUGGAUUCGCAGGCCAACAGGCGGCUCAUUUGCAUUUGGGGGAAAGUUGGUUACCUUCGGUCUGUCUAGCCCCCCAACCCAGCAGAUGCCACAGCCUGGCUCUCGCCUCAUCUUCAUCAGCCAAGUUACCACAGAGUCUGAGCUGUUGGCCCGGUCCAAGGAACUGCAGGAGGCCUUAGGGUCAGGUAGUCUCCUGAAUUACUGUCAGAGGCAGAUCCAGCAGGCUUCAUUGCCCUCUGAGAAGGACAUCUGGCAGUUCCUAAAGGUGACCUUGGAGCAGCAGUCCAGGACUCAAUUCCUCAAGCUGUUAGGAUUUAGUAAGGAAGAGCUUUCUGAGAAGAUGGCUGCACAUCUGGGGAGUGGUUCGGAAGUAGGUGAGAGUCCUCACCCCAAAGGAGGUGACCUCCGCUGGAACAGACAAGCCUGCAGGCAGGGCUCCAGACCUUCUUCAGAGGAAUCUGCUGCAUCUUCUGCCUUCUUUGAUGAGCUUGUCCCUCAGAACAUGACCCCGUUGGAGAUCCCUAUCACAGAAGACACCGAUGGGCUGCUUAGCCAGGCCCUGCUGCUGGGAGAAAUUGGCCAUGCUGUGGAACUGUGCCUGAAGGAGGAGAGGUUUGCUGAUGCCAUCAUCCUGGCUGGAGCUGGCGGGGAGCAGCUAUUGCGGAAAACUCAGCAGCGCUACUUUGCGCAGAAGAAGUCCAGGAUUGCCUCACUUCUGGCCUGCAUCGUGGAGCAGAAGUGGAGGAAUGUGGUAUGUUUGUGCAGUCUGAAGAGUUGGAAAGAGGCUCUGGCCCUGCUGCUGACACACUGUGGCACCCAAGACUUCCCUGAGCUCUGCGAUAUGCUGGGGACACGCUUAGAGCAGGAGGGUGGAGGAACACUGUCCGUGGAAGCCUGCCUCUGCUAUAUCUGCUCAGGAAAUGUGGAGCGGCUGGUGGAGUGCUGGGUGAAAAGCCAUCAGAUGUCUUCACCCAUGGCUCUGCAGGACUUGAUGGAGAAGGUGAUGGUUCUUAGCAGGAGUCCAGAGCUGCUGCAGCACCCUGAGGGGGCAGUACCCGGCCCUGCUACAGCCCACAGAAUUACUCAGUAUGCCAGCCUGCUGGCGGCCCAGGGCAACCUCACCACUGCCAUGAACUAUCUCCCCAGGCACUGUGCUCAGCCCCCUGUCCAGCAGCUGAGAGACCGUCUCUUCCACGCCCAAGGGUCUGGGCUCCUGGACCAGCAGCCUCCUCCUUUCCCCUUUCCCCGGGUCUCAGUGGGAUCUUCUUCCCAGCCUAGAGGCCUUGGAGCCCAGCCCCCCACUGCAGGAUUCCAGCCUCUUCACCAGCAGGCCUCAGCUCCACCCCCAGGACCCAUGGGCUUCCUGCCUCAGCCCUCGGUGACAAUGGGCCUCCCCCCCGCAGGCACCUCUCAGGGCCCUGGAACCCAGCCCACAAGGACCUCUAGGGCAGCAGGUGCUCAGCUGGUUCCACCUCUCCCCCCAGGUCCUAGAGCAGGGCCAGCUCUGCCUCCACCACAGCUGCUGGGAGUGCAGCAGACCCAGGCCCCUGGGCCCGUGGGCUUCCCGGUCACCAAGCCUUUCCCUGGGCCGCCUCCACCAAUGGCUCCCCACACAGUAUCAUUUGCUGGUUCCACUUACCUAGCAGGGGCCCCGGGCUUCUCUACUUCACUUCCGGCCUGGGCCGUUGGUCCCAGCCUAUCACCCCAUAUUGGCUCCCGACCUCCAGUUCCUCCCAUCACUUUCCCUAUGACGUGCUGUCCUCCUGGAGGGCCUGGUGCUCCAGUUUCUAGAACCUUGCCAGCCACGGGCAUCCUGGAUCCCCACUCAGGGCCUCGAGAACCCUGCAGGGAUACCUCAGCUUCCAAGGGAGGCCUCCAAAGAACAAAGCUGCCUGAGAGGUUUACUCCACCAGCCCCCAUCACUGCUCCUAUGGGGAACCUGCCCCCUCAUCCUCAAGAAACCCGCUCGCCUGGCCCUCCCAUCUCUGGCAUGGGUCAGGCUCCCCCAGGUGCUCCAGGAGAGCUCAGUCUGCAACAGCUCCAGCAGCUGCCACCUGAGCAAGUGAAGAAAAAGGAGAUGCCCCUGGAACAUCAGCCCCUGAAGACCAGCUUUGAGGCCCUUCUACAGCGCUGUGCCCUGGCGGCCUCUGACCCUAAAACAAAACGGAAGCUAGAGGAGGUAGCCCUAAGACUGGAAUAUCUGUAUGAGAAACUGCAGGAGGGAAUGCUAUCUCCCAAUGUCCUGGCUGGGCUCCAUGAGGUCUCCCGAUAUGUGGAUGCUGGCAGCUAUGAACAGGCCCUGGCAGUGCACACCCAGGUGGUGGGCAGCAGCAGCUUCAGUGAGGUGUCUGGCUUCAUGCCUGCCCUGAAGACCAUCCUCACCAUUGCCCACAAGCUUCAAGGAGGACAGUGAGAUGGGCCGUCUUGUCUUUCUUUCUCUUUGUCUCUCUCACCCACAGACUGAGAAUGGGAGACUGACAAGGCACUGAUAGGGAUGGAUGGAUAGAUGGCAUAUUUCCCACCCCCUGAGAAUUAAGGCCUAGAAAGGACAGCAAAAAUGGUCUCUUCCUUUCCCGUGACUCCACUGACUUCCAGUCCUGAUCUGCUGCUGUCCACUCACCUUGGCUCCCGCUGAGCUCGGCCCCUUCCUCUAGCCUGUGUGGGAGCUGACUGGGUUUGGCUGUGUGUUGCAAAGGCAGAUCUCCUCAUCUCAUCUUUUACCUUCCCCAUUUGAUUUGUCUCCUUUGGCCCAUCCUGGGUUUCUUUACACUCCACAGUCUUCAAAGAAGUUAAAAGAGAAAGGAUUCUGCCCCCCCCCCCCCCCCCGCCAUUUCCACCAGCAUUCUGGGCACCCACAGGGAGCAUUCUUUUCUCCUUCCUUUUUUGUGGCCUGCUCUCACCUCUACUCCUCCUUAGGCCUGUGUACAGUUCCCUUGGAGUUGGACAAGAUCUGCCUAGUGCUCAGUCCAGAUCCCUGGUCAGGUGGGGUGAGGAGAGGGGGAAGUCACCAAACUAUGGAGAAAAAUGGAGAGUAGGACCUCCUCUGUCAAGUCUGCUCAGCAAUUGGGCUGGCCCAGUUACCUUCUCCCUUGUCCUCCUGUGGGUUGGGUGGGUCGCAUAUGCGUGUGCCCAGGAAUCCAAGAGCUCAGUCCACACUGCCUUCCUUCCCCACUCUGGGGGGAUGGCUUGUGAUGUAGUCAUGGGUGAUCAUCAGAAUGUAUAUCCUGUGGUCCCAAGUGGUUGUUAGAUGUUUAAGCUGUGGUUACAGGUGCUCUGGGACAGGGGGAAUGAGUGAGGGAAGAGAAGACUUCCCCUUGCUCUGUUCUCCAUGGGUUAGUCUCCAGGAGAGUGGAGCAGGGAUGGGGAGCUCCUGAGCUCCUCUGACUUCACCAUGUGCCUCAGGCCCCCUUCUUUGGCUGCCUCUUACCCUUUGGAUUCUGCUGUUUGAUGCACUGAAAUACUUGAGGAUAAAAUAA